CCACAAUCUCUCCUUUCCUUUGUACAAUACCUUUCGAACGCACGCGAACGACGCACGAACAGCCAACAUGUCGGGUGUCCACGGACACGUAAUCGGCCACCUCGCUCGUCGAGGCUAUGACGCUGCGCAAGCCUACUUCCACGAGGUCAGGGUCAGCGCAGAGCAGAUGGCACAACUUCAGCAAGAUGCAGAGCUUUACGAACAGGCCGGUCCAGCAAUGGAGAUCAAGCCAUACGAGAUGUUGCCGGUCCUCAUCACCGCCUUUUUGACCAUUCUGUUGGUCGCCUCAAUAAAGUACACGCUCGGUGAGGUCGUGGCUUCUCUGGCUAUGAUUGAAUCACCCACCUCGACCGCAAUCAUCGAAGACAAGCCACCAGCAUACAAGUACGCCGAUGAGCCAGAUGCGCCACUUGAGAAAGAGGGUCUGCUUCCCGCAGAGGCAGAGGCAGAUAAGGACGUCGAGAUCACUUUGAUUCCAAACAAACCUAUCACAUCCAGCAUUAGGGCGACAAUGGGACAUGUGACACGCAUUGGAGGCUUCCGCGCCCAAUGGAGAGGUGCUGGCGUUUCAUUCAUCUAUCACUUUAUGCACAGCGCUCUGGUUAACCUGAUUGCUGUAUUCCUUGGAUUCAGCUUCCUUGGACAUGCUCUGGUAUACGUCUUUGUCUCUGUCGGUCUCGCUCGCAUCCACAUGGCAUGGACUCAUGCGAUGAUCUCGCAGCCAUCUUCGAAACCAUUCUGGCGCCGCCUGGUCGCACGCACGCAGUGCAAGGCACUUCUCCUGCCAAGUUUCGUCUUCGCUUUGGCCCAGCAGGCAACUUUCGUCCUUCCAAUGAUUGUGGCUUUCGCACUGGGUCUUCCAGAGAUCAACAGGGAUCACGUCAUGGAGGCCGCUCACAAGCACGACUGCAGCAAGCUCAUGUUCACUGGUCUGCGGUUCUUGGCUGUGCCAGCAACCUUCCUCUUCGUCGCCUUUGCAGUUUUGCUCCCAGCAACCGUCACUCUUACCCGCAUUGAAGCUCUCCUUCUCCCAGAGGAGCACGAGACCAUUGUGCCAUUCGACCGCCAGGCAAUUGUUGGCGAUGUUGACAUGCAGGCACGCGGCAGCGCCAAGCUCAUCUUCAUGCAAGCAUGGCGCUCAUUUGACCGCGCUGCUCGAUGGAGAUUGAUCAAGCUUUAUGUCAAGAUGGCAUUUAUUCAAAUCGGCAUCAUCUUCAUCAGCGCACACCUCAUGGUCGCGGAGGUCUAUAUCAUUGGUGGCGAGCGUCUCGGGAUCUUUGUGAAGAGUGCUGCUGCACAGCUCAAGCUGGCUGCCAUUGAAGCACGCCAGCAGUAGAGUUUUACCAGGUGUGGGAGGGACAGGUAAUUGACAAGCAAGGCCUGAGAAGGACAAUAUAGUGGAUCGCAGUAUAAGGUAGCGGCGCUGUUAGGACGAGGGUUAGUCUGUAUAUUAGUAUAUUAGUCAAGCCAACACAAUGUUCACUGAUUCUCCUUCCU